GGAGCAUCUGACAUCAGAUCGCUGCCCAGAGCAUUUGUAGGGAUGGAUUCCAAAGGCAACGUCCGCAGUGGAAACAAACCUGAUGCCAAGGCUCCCAGCUCGGGAAAGGUGGAAAAGCCCAACCCUGGGCCUGCCACGAAUGCAGAGAAGAAGGAAACUCCUUCCAAAGAGCAGCCAGCACCUGCGGCUGCUGCCUCUACCAUGAAGAAGGCAGGGAGUGAUGCUGCUGUUGUGAACAACCACAGCAACCUGAAGCCCAGCCCCGCCGCCACGGAAACGCAAGAGGUCACCGGCCAGUCCCCUGACUCUGACCACAAGGAAAACAGCAGUGAGGAGUCGCCAGGCAGCAUCUUUGACAACAUGAAGCCCCUGAUCAUCAUCGGAGGAGUGGCGGUGGCCACGCUUGCUGUGAUUGUGGGAGUGGCCUUCCUAGCCCGGAAAAAAUGAAGACGGAGACGGGAGGGGGCCGAGACCCCCAACCUGGUUGUAUAGUUCCUUUUGGGACAAAUGCAUGCAGAAAAUUCUAUA